GGACUCAGCCAAUCACAGAGCAGCAGCUCUGAAGGUGGUGAUGAUGGUCAAACUGAAGUUCAGAACCGACAGAGUAACUGGAUUGUUGGUACCGCACUGUUUUAUGGAACAUGAAAUAAAUAGAACCGGAUCUUUGCUGCUGUUUGUUCACAUUAUGACAUUUAUUUGGGAAUAAAGAAUGCAAUUUUGCACAUUUGGACUUUUUGUAGGACUGAGACCGGAGGAGGAACCAUCAGAACCAGAACCGCCUCGGUGAAGGGAUGGAGAUGUCAGGUUAACGAUGACUCUGUGACCAGUUGUACCUAAUAAAGUGGCCGGUGAGGGUACAUUUAAAAUCCAAGCAGUUUCAGAAAGACUGGGCCUUUAUUAUGUGAUAUAAUGACUUGCCAUACCGGGAGGAGACCUACUCUGAAAUCACGGAUCGACUUUAUUCGGGUAUUUCCGUCGUUUUUUACGGAGCUUUAGAUGUUGAAAUAAUGUGACCUGACGGUGGGAGCAGAACCUCAGAUGGGUUCUGAUUGGUUCUGAUCUUUCGGGUCCACUUCUACGCGGUGAAGAAAGGAACUGUUGAACUUUCCAGGAUCCGGUUCCUCUGAGCUCGGUUCAGUUCGGGUAUGUGAGUCCUGCUUCAGCUGAUCCCUGGAUUGGACCGGGCCGGAGGCUCCGAACCGUUCUGCGGUCCAACUUCAGGUCAGAACUCCAGAGUUCGGAAUCCGGACGGGCUGCGGAGGAAGAGGAAGCGCUCUCUGUCUAAUGGACAAAGUUCCUUCAUCAUCAUCAUCACAUCAGCUGCGGCCAGAGAGGAAGAUGAGCAUCAUCAUCAUCAUCAUGUCGGUCUGUCUGGUUCCGCUGGUUCCGCUGGUCUCCUGCAGCGCAGAGACGCCUGAUGAGGAAAACCUGAACCCGGAGGAGUGGCUCCGUCGUUUCGGCUACCUGUCCCGGUCCGGUCUCCAGAUGUCCGGCCCGCUUUCGGCCCAGAUUCUGUCCAGAGCCGUCAGCGACAUGCAGCGCGUCUACGGCCUGGCGCCGACCGGACGCCUGGACGCCGCCACGCUGGCGGCGAUGCAGCGGCCUCGCUGCGCCCUCCCUGACAGGACGCCUGAGGCCGGGGUCGGCGGGGUCAGGAUGAGGCGCUUCGCCCUGACGGGUCAGCGCUGGGAUAAGGAGCGGCUCUCCUUCAGCAUCCUGUACCGGCGGAUCCCGCCCUCGCUGGGUCUGAACCGGACCUCCGACGCAAUCCGCCGGGCCUUUGGCGUGUGGAGCCGCGUGACGCCGCUGUCCUUCCAGGAGCAACCUGCGGGGGGCGCCGCCGACAUCCUGCUCCUCUUUGCCUCUGGUUUCCAUGGAGACAUGUCCCCGUUCGACGGCGAGGGCGGGUCGCUGGCCCACGCCUUCUACCCCGGGCCGGGAACGGGCGGAGAUACGCACUUCGACGCCGACGAGCCGUGGACGCUGGACGCCCAGAACCAGGAAGGUAUCGACCUCUUCCUGGUGGCGGUGCAUGAACUAGGCCACGCUCUGGGCCUGGAGCAUUCAGAGAACCCCGCCGCCAUCAUGGCUCCUUUCUACCAGUGGAGCGACGCGCAAAACUUCAGCCUGCAUGGCGACGACAUCGCAGGGGUCCAGCGCAUGUAUGGUCCUCCUGUAGCCUCUGAUGCUCCGCCCUCUUCUCCUCCCACGCAUCGUGAUGACAUCAUCAUCACCACGCCCCUCUCCACACCCUCCUCACCUGAUCCCCCCGACCCGACCCAAACCGACCCGGAUCCCCAAGCCCAGCCGGAUCCGAGCCUCAGCCCCCCUCUGGCCACGCCUACCUCUCAUCUGGUUUCGCCCCUCACCACCUGGACCGGGCCGGACCCGGACCCGGUCACGCCGGCGGUCAGGACAGACGGCCCGCCCAGCAUCUGUGACGGAGACUUUGACACGGUGACGUUGCUGCGAGGCGAAAUGUUCGUCUUCAAGGGCCGCUGGUUCUGGCGGGUCCGGAGGAACCGGGUCCUGGAGAACUACCCCAUGCCCAUCUCCGUCUUUUGGAACGGCCUCCCUGACGACAUCAACGCCGCCUACGAACGACACGACGGGAAAUUUGUCUUCUUUAAAGGCGACAGGUUCUGGUUGUUCCGGGAGGCCGACGUUCUGCCCGGCUAUCCUCAGCCGUUGCACCAGUACGGCCGAGGAAUCCCCGUCCAUCGGAUCGACACCGCCAUCUGGUGGGAGCCCAAUGAGUUCACCUACUUCUUCAGCGGCGACAGGUACUGGCGCUACAACGAGGAGACGCGCAGCGCCGACCGCGACUUCCCCAAACCCAUCAGCAGGUGGGGCAAGAUCCCGGCCUCGCCCAGGGGAGCCUUCCUCAGCGAAGACGGAGCCUCCACCUACAUCUACAAAGGCUCCAGUUACUGGAGGUUCGACAACCGCCGGACGGAGGCGGACCGCGGCUACCCCCGCUCCAUCCUGAAGGACUUCAUGGGCUGCGUUGGAGUCCCCGACCCGGACCCGGACCCGGAAACCGAGCGGAACCCGGGGACGGAACUGGUCCGACCCCCGCGGCCGACCAAACCGGGCCGCGGGCCGGACCGGGAGCUCAGGCCCGGCAGCACAGAAGACGACCCAGACCAGGAAGUGAACGUGGUGGUGACGGUGACCGACAGCGAGUCAAAGGUCAUGACCCUGGUCAUGGUGACGGCACCGCUGCUGCUCAUCCUGUGCAUCCUGGUUCUGGUCUACACCAUCCUCCGGACUCUGCAGAACAAGGAGCCGCCCCGGGCCCUGGUGCACUGCAAGCGCUCUCUGCAGGACUGGGUCUGACCCAGUCCAGGGGCCGACUGGACCGCCGGUACCACCGGUACCACCGGUACCACCGCCCUGAUCCCUCACCACCACGCUGUCACCCUCUGCCCUCCUUCUUCUAUCUCAGAUUUGUUUAAAAGUGUCGCAGCUCCAGUCUGCUCUCUGUGCCUUUGGCUGGACGAUGAGGCUGCUGCUGGACGGCAGCCUCAUCUGGACGCCAGCGAGCUUCGGAUCAGCUCCAGGCGGAUCCGGCUGCAGCAGAAAUGCAGACGAAGACAUUAGAGCUCAGAGAUCAGAGACACUGCAACCCGACACCACGGCGUCACUGAAUACCAAACUCCUUAUGUUGUUUAUUCAACUUAAAACUCUGAUUUUAUCUGACAAUCAAUUAGGACGUGGAGAAGACCAGAAGGUUCCACAGCAUCAUGCUGCCACCACCAUGCUUUAGCCUGGAGGUGGAGAGUUCAGGCUGUUGGAUUUUGAGCUCUUGGAGCUGUUCAUAGCUGGGAUGUUGUCGCAGAUCCGAACCUGGCUGUAAACAGAACCAGAACCUUCCAGUUCUGCUGCUGGACCUCUGGAACCUCUGAGACCAGAACCAGAACCGCUCCAGUUGGAUCAUGUGUUGUCCUAGGUAACAAUCAACUAACUGUGUUACCUUCUGUUGUUAUAAUAAUGCUCUACAUAGUACUUCCUGAUUUAACGCCUUUAAAUUGGGCCUCUGGCUCUUUAAAAGCUCCCGCUCUUCCUGAAGCUCCGCCUCCAGGAAGUUGUCCCAACAUGGCUCCUCUAUUAACCUUUUAACAUUUUUACCAGCGCUGCUCUGAGCAGCAGCUCAGCAGCUCCACCUGCUGUCUGCUAAUUGCUGCUGGCUAGUCUGAAGGAGCUGAAUGGGGAGGAGCUGCGCCUCGAAGGCGGGGCUAAGUCCACCCAGGCGUUUUGCAGCUGAAUGGUUGCCAUGGAGAUUAAAGGAUUUCUAAAACAUGAAAGAGUCAGAGCAACACUGCAGGGAGAAACAUGACAACUGUUGGUUUUUCAUGAUGCUGCCCCUUUAAGUCCCACACAGCUCUGAUUUAAGGUUUCAGAAUAAAGGAAUCUAAAAACCAAGGAUCAUUUUUCUUCCAACUCUGCUUCUUGAAGGUUCGUCUCAUAAAGUCCCAAUAAAACAGUUCAAUCAG